AUGAAGAAUCCUUAUUCCCUUCCAUCCACAUACACAAUGGGGAACUGCAUAAAAGUUUCAUUCCGGCCACCCCAAGAGAAGAUCAAAGCUGUUGUCUUUAAUGGAGAAGUGGAAGAGUUCAAAGCCUCAACAUCUGUGGAGAAGAUCACUUCUGGACCCUACAUUGGGUUCAAACUGGUGCACCGUGCCCAGCCACAUUCAUCAUUGCCGCCCAACAGCAAGGUAGAACCUGGCCAUUUAGUUCCUUAUCUAACCCAGCCUAGUAAACCCUUGGUUUCUCCAAAAAGAGCCAACAAAGAAAGCUGUAAACGGCAGAAAGUAAAAAUUGUGCUGACUAGGGAUCAACUGGAGCUGCUUUUGAGAGGUGCUAAGAAGCUCCAUCCUCCCGGAGAUAUUGCUGUUCAAAUGUUAAAGAGUUUUGGGUUUGAAGAAGCGUCUCCAAUAUGGCGACCAUCAUUGGCUACCAUUCCAGAGCCUCAAGAGGAGCAAUGACAGACACAAUAGGCAAAGAGUCAUCAUCCUUUUGAUUUGCAUGCACUCUUCUGAGAGUUGCUUCCGCAGCAAACUGUGCGGCCAAUGCAUUUUUCUUGUCAUUUGUUAGUUUCUUGAU